CUCUUCCCUUCUCCAACUUCAGAUCUCUCUCUGCUUCUCCGGAAUUUGUGCUUGUCGGGCUGAGUGUUGGUUUCAUUGGGAGCCGGCGCUCCAUCUCCGGCGUAUGCGAUGCAGUACAUUUGACAUCUGUACGCAUAUGUUUGCACGAGAGAUUGCUCCCGUUUCACAUCAGCGUAUCGUACUGUCUACGAAAUGGCACGGAUGUCGUUGGUUUUCGUCAAAUUCACGAUUCCUCGCUCCAAAUCCUGUCUUGUUUGUUAUUGUCGGCAUAGCAUCUGUUGAGAAACAGAGUUGAGUAUUUCUCUGUCAAGUCAAAUGGGAGUCGUAUUAGUCAACGCGAUUCAAUUGUUUCUACUGGAUCCAUCUCACGCUGGUCAUAUGCCACAAUCUGCUCUUGCCUAGAUUUAUUGUUCAUGCUCAUGCCAGAGCCUCUUAUCGCUGAGUAUUUUGACAUUCCAACUCCAUUUCCAUUUAUGUUGUAUUAGGAGAGCAGUAGGUACCAGCGGAGAGGGAGGCGUGGAACCGAGAUAACGCGAAUCAGAAAUGGACGAAGAGCUCAAGAGCUUUGUGGCCGUAUGGAUCUGCACCAUUGCUGCCCUCUAUUAUUGUAGCUCUGCUGUAUCUGCCAUUCCACAGGGCACAUUGAGACUCUUGGCUCUUCUGCCAAUCGUCUUCCUCUUCACCGUCCUCCCUUUGAAACUUUCGUCCUUCCAUAUCGGGGGACCUACUGCCUUUUUCCUUGCCUGGCUCGGCAACUUCAAGCUACUUCUUUUCGCCUUCGAUAAAGGACCUCUAGCACAGUCUCGGAAUCUCCUUCAUUUCAUUUCAGUCGCUUGCUUACCGAUCAAGCCACAAUCACUAGAUAAAACCCAUGCUCCAAGCCGAGAUGCUUUUAUAGUGCCUAGAUAUGUCCUAUUAGCAAUCAAAGUGGUGCUUCUUGCUUUGAUUUUUAAGGCCUACGAAAACAGGCCUUACAUGCACCCGAACCUUGUCUUAGCUCUCUAUUGCGUCCACACGUACCUUGAGUUGGAAGUCGUGCUGGCCAUCUCCGCAAUCCCUGCUCGAGCACUUCUAGGUUACGAGCUCGAGCCACAGUUCAACGAGCCAUACCUGGCUACUUCCUUGCAGGACUUCUGGGGCCGACGGUGGAAUCUUAUGGUCACGAGCAUUCUCCGCCCGACAGUAUACCAUCCCGUGCGGAGUCUUUUUGCACCUGUCACAGGUCACAAGUUGUCCUCACUACCCGCAACGAUUGCGACAUUCAUCGUCUCAGGCCUAAUGCAUGAGCUGAUCUAUUACUACCUCGCCCGCGUUCAUCCCACGUGGGAGGUGACAUGGUUCUUCGUGCUCCACGGAGCUUGCGUGGCCGCUGAGAUGGCUGCGAAGAGGGGCCUAGUCGGGAGGUGGCGGCUCCACCGGGCAGUUUCGGGGCCAUUGACACUGGCAUUCGUGGCGGUUACAGGUGUUUGGCUAUUCUUUCCUCAGCUGACAAGGAACGGGGUCGAUGACAAGGCCAUUGGGGAAUACUACGGGUUGGUAAGUUACGGGAAGGAAAGAUUCAGCGAUCUUACCAAAUUGCUGAGAUGGCUGCGAAGAGGGGCCUGGUUGGAAGGUGGCGGCUCCACCGGGCAGUUUCGGGGCCAUUGACACUGGCAUUCAUGGCGGUUACAGGUGUUUGGCUAUACUGACGAGGAACGGGGUCGAUGACAAGGCCAUUGGGGAAUACUAAGGUAGGUAAGUUACGGGAAGGAAAGAUUCAGCGAACUUACCAAAUUAAGAAAGAGCAAAUCUGUGCAACUAAACUACCACAAAAAUUGUAACCAUUUGUUAAAAACGCGUCCCUAUGUUCCGGGGCUGGACUGUCCGGGGGCCUUUUGAAAAUUGGAUGGAGGCAGGUAGUUGUCCGCUCAAUUCUGAAUUAGGCGUGUGUAUUGUAUCCUGUGCUGUCAGUCUGUUGUGCUUGGGCUGUGUGCAAUUUGGAAUGAAUGCAGUUUGCUCGGAUUAAUCAGUUCUGGGUUUCAUUCUAUUGUAUGAUGCUAAUAAUGGAGAAGAAUUAUGAUGCU